AUGAGGACAGUGCUCUGGGCCAGGCAUAUUCCUCACUGUCCCCGUCCGGUUUCAGGUUCUCUCCAGAACGGCUCCCGUUGGGCUUUCUCUUUCGACAUGAGCUCCAUCUCCAGCAGCCAGGAGGUGAAUCUGGCUGAGCUCCGAGUCCACCUGCCUGAUCUCUCACAGUCCCAGAAUGUCACGCUGGACAUCUACCACAGCCCGAAGCAGAAGUGCCAGGAGAACAGGACCUGUGUGCACAAGCUCUUCCUGGGCACCUUCGCUGGCAGCCCCUCUUUCACCCAGGCCUCCUGGAAAGUGUUCAAUGUCACCAGCAUGCUCAGGUCCUGGCUUCACCAAGAGGUGGCUUCUGGCCACCGCAGUCCUGCAGAAACGGAGAGUGCCGUGGCCCAGGAUGGAUGGGAGAUGAGCGGGUUGGCUGCCCCAGCCACUGCAGCAACGAGCAUGCUGAACUCAAAUGACUCCAGCCACGGGGAGCUGGCCAUACCCCAAGACAUGACCGACAGAGUCCUGCUGCUUAUCUUCUCCAAGGACAAGUCUCCAGGAGAUCACACCCUCCUCAGAACAGUGGAGACCUCCAAGCACGUCAUGCGUGACAGUGGCUCCAAGGACUUGGGGAACCGGCGGCAUCGUAGAAACAGGAAGGAAAAGCAAAGGAUUAAAGUGAGUGAUGCCCCCGUUCCUGCCCCAGGGGAGGAAGGCAAAUCGUUGUGCAAGAGAGUGGACAUGAUAGUGGAUUUUGAGCAGACUGGCUGGGGCAGCUGGAUUGUCUACCCAAAAAAGUACAAUGCCUACCGGUGUGAAGGGCAGUGUCCGUCGCCUGUGGAUGAGACCUUCAAACCCACCAACCAUGCAUACAUACAGAGCUUGCUGAAGCUCUACAAGCCCAACCAUGUGCCCUGUCCUGCAUGCUCCCCAGUUAAGAUGAGCCCCCUCUCCAUGCUGUACUAUGAGAAGGGUGAAAUCGUCAUCCGCCACCAUGAAGACAUGAUCAUCGAAGAGUGUGGCUGCAACUGAAGCAAGCUCUUCCCAUGCUGGGAAUGGGAAGGAACAGGCACAGUUCUGGCCAGAAAGUAUCUCCAAGGACUAAACCCUGGGACUAAACCUUGAUGCCUACACCAUGAACAACAAAGGCCACUCACACACCGAUCAGGGUGUUGCUGAGAACCUGCCACCUCUGAAUCCAGACACUUGUGGGUCUGUGAAGGUCUUUCCACACUAGGAGAGAGAGGAGACACAGCCAGCAUUAAGGCAGGGCUGUGGGAGACAGAUUUUGUCCCUGAGGGGGACUGUGACAUGGGGAAUCUCACUGGACUUUCCUCCUGAAGAGCUCCCAGCCGCAACUGAGCCUAAUGCCAGGCAGGAGGGCACAGCGCACUGCCCUUGGGUGUUCACAGCUCUGUGCCGCACUGCAUGGCUAUUGUACCUAGGCAGAUCCAUGUGCCUCGCAGGGAAGGCAAAAGAGACACUUCAUUGCUAUGUUGUUUGCAGAGCUUGUGCCAAGCUGGUCGGACACAUGAUCUCUGAGAGACCUGCAUGCAACCGAGAGGGAGAGGUGCUGGGGAGGCCAGAGAGGAGCAGCACUGGGGACCGGUGUGCUUUCAGGGACAGUUCAAGAAUGAGCAGGGCAGAUAGACCAGGGAGAGAAAGGCCUCUCCUCCCAUGAGCACAGCCCAGGGCAGAGUGCAAAGAGCCACAAAGAGUCCAACUCGGCUCCCAGCUGCAGAACUGCACCUCCCCGAGCCAGGCGGUGCAAGCAAGGCAGAGAUCACAGAGAUCAGCCUCGCCUUGGCAGAGGAUGCAAAGCUCUGGGUCUUGGACCCUCAUUCCUUUUUGUUACACACUGUGAAAGGCAUCAGCUUUAUCUUUUGCACAUGAUCAAUAUUUCUGGUAGCUGAAGACUCUCAGAGGGACAUGUGCAGCACAGAUAUUUGACCACGCUAAGUAUCUAUAGAGUUGAGAUUUUCAGUGCUCCCCAGGGGUUUAGGCAUUCCUAUUAAAAUUUCCACUGUUUCUAUUAAAAUUCUAUCCAAUUUCUGUUAAGAUUAAGCUGGGAUAAUCUUACCUGCAGCAGUGUUAUCCCAGUGUCUAGAGCCCCGCGGACUGGAGCACCAGAAUGGGUUUUGCAGCAGACAGCUCCUGCCCUGCGGAGUUCACACAGCCAAAGAGGCUUCUCCGACACAAGGGCUGCUGGCAGGGAGGGAGGGGAAUGAAACAGAUCAAAGGGAGUUGGCAUGAGAAUUAGGGACUUGGGGCUCCUGCACCACAGCUUUCAUGAGAAGCCCAACCUUUCCAAGACACCAUACAUUCACCAGGAACCAGAGAGCCUCCAAUGGCAAGCUAGGUACGCCUGGAAAUAAUGCAGUCCUGAGGUCUGUCUUGGUACGUGUCUACCCCUCCCCAUCCCAGUAACUCUCCAGAAAAUCUCAGCUCAUGCGCUGCUUUCAUCUGUAAAAUCACAGUUUUGUCAAACCAUUCUGACCACUCACUGGAUGGGUCCACAAC